UGGUAAGAUCCUCACUAAUACAGUAGGCCUACCACAUAUUAUAUUCUUUAUCUUCAUUGGAUAAAUCUGGUCAGCUUAUUUUAUUCGAACGUACUAUUGCAUCCAGUUUCAUACAUACCAAGAGAACAUCAUUGGAAUACAGGGACCAAAAUAAUACAAAUAUAUGAACUCCAAUAAAAACUAAACAGGAUAACAUGAAUCAACAGUACUUGUAAAUCGGGGUAUUCUCUUACACAUGAGUGUAGGCUACCUAGUCAUUUAGAUAAACAUGAUGUAUUAUGGAUAAAGCUUGUUCAAAAAAUAACUAAAAGCAAAAUCAAACCAAUAUAGCCAAUAUUAUUUUAAUCUCAUUCUCAGUAAAACAAGAUGUAUAAUAAAGUAUGAUGAAUGGUUGUGUUUUCCUCUGUGUCACAGUAGGUCUUGAUCAAUAAUGGAGUUUGCUGUUUUCGAGGGAGCUGAGGAAGGGCAGGGCCUCUCUACUGUGUGCCCAACCCAUCGCAAAAUCACCAUUGAGAUUGAAAAUGCAACCCGGGGCUAUUGCUUGACCAACCACAGGUUUCACCUGAUGAGUGGAGGCUGCCUCAAAACAUUGCCAUUUGACAUCAACCCAGGGACCAGAGAUACUGCAACCUUUGAAAAGACAAGACACACAGCAGAAGGCAGCAUUGGCGUCUUCACCUUUGACCUGUCCCUCAACAGUUCAGACCCCACUAAGAAAAUGGCCGUCAUGUUUUCUGUGCCGUAUGACUUCAAUCGCCACUCCAACUGGCAUGCUGUGGGAGUGUUCAACAGCGACGAAAUAUGUGAUGAUGAUCUUUACUGUAAGAUGUUUAACGACAACAGCAGUUGUUUUGUGAGAGGGAAAGCCGCUGAUGGUAGUCUUAAAUAUGAACACAGAGAUGUUGUUAUCCAUGCCUCAAUGUCAGACACCUGCACACCAGAAUUGAAGUUGAAAGUCGAGCAGGUAUAGAAUGCAUGAGUAAAGUUCGUGAACUGCUUAAAGAAAAAUCUGCACUUUCGGUUUAAUCAGCCAUAUAUACAUUUAGCUUUUUUGUCAUUCAAAAGAUCAAUCAAUAAACAAAGUACACGCUA